CACUCGCAAGCACAGCAGCGCCACAGUACCUAAGCAACAAAGAUGGGCAGCACCACCGGAGCCAGCCUCCUCCGUGCCCUGCUGUUCGCGUCGCUCUUCGCCGGGUUCGCGGCGCAUCUCGCCGCCGGGGAGAAGGACUGCUACGACGAGAGGGACAGCGUCAUCCGCAUGUGCAAGUGGACCAUCAAGAAGGGGAGCCCCUACGUGAUCCCGGACAUGCCCUGCCGCCUCGAGGUGAGGAAGGUGGACAUGCCCUGCAUCUGCCGCGUCCUCACCGCCGCCGACGAGCGGAUCAUCAGCCCCGAGAAGCUCGUCCGCUGCUCCCGCGAAGCCGGCGUCGCCCUCCCCGUCGGGAGCAAAUGCGGGACCUACACCAUCGUGGCGCCAGCGCCACCAUCCGCGCAUGCGUGAGGAGUUCCGACCACGGGAUCGUGCGAGAGGAAGGCGAGGGGAGGAGGACCGGAGGAGAUGUCAGGGGAGAAUAACUGAAUAAGUGCGCGCGUGCCUGUAUGCUCAGCUAUACUGAGCUACCGUAGUCCGUAGAAUGUAUCUUCUGCCAUUCUGCCAUAGCAUGCGUGCUACCCUGAGAUCUGAGUUGGUAAUAAUAAAAGCCUUCCUUCUA